AACACUUUGCCAGAGUCGUCUGAACCCAGCACUCUUUCCUGCCAGGGCAGGGGGUCGGACUUGAUGAUCUGCUCAGGUCCCUUCUGACCCUACCUACUACAAAACUAUCUCCCCAUAUCAAAAUAUCAUCCACAUAGGAAACCACCCUUUCCUGAUUGAACCUGACUAAAUUCUGGAGCAUGGACACAACGUGGUGGUGGAUUAUGGCUGGAGCAUUGUGAAACCCUGUGGGACCCAGGUAAAGGUGUACUCUUUUCUUUUAAAUGUAAAUGCAAAUAGGUUCCAUGACUCGGGGUGCAAAGGGAUUGCAAAGAAGCAGUUUGCCAGGAGUAUUACUGAAAACCAUCGAGGACUCUCUGGUACUCUGCUGACCAGGGCAGGCAUGUUAGCCACUAACAGAGCCAUGGGGUGAGUCCCUUUGUUAAUGGCUCCAUAGUCAACUGUCAGCCUCCAUAAUACCCGGUCUGCCUUCAGGAUAGGCCAUAUAGGAAAAUUCAGUUCCAAAUUAGUCUCAAUUAGCACUCUCUGCUGCAGUAGUUCCUCAAUAAUUAACCACAUGGCUUCGUCUGCUUGCUUAGGGAAGCAAUACUGUCUUUGAGGAGGGACUAGAUUGCCUAUGAUUUUAAUGCAGGCAUUGAUCCGGCCACAAUCACUUUUACUUUUAGCACAUAUAUCAGGAAACUGCUGCACCCACUCCUCCCCCAAGUCAAGGUUGAUGGCUCUAACCCUCUUGUACUGUUCCCACCUCCAGUAUGGGUUAGUGUCACAGGGCUCCCAAGGUCAGCUGUCCAUGCUCACCACACAACCCUGCUAGCUAGAUCCAGGAUCCAGCCUUCCCGGUUGAACAAGGGGGCUCCCAGAAUCAGCAGUUCAGUGGCACCCUCUUGCUGAACCCCAUCUACGUUGAUCAUUUGGGGUCCCUCUGGGAAUUGAAUGCAGACUGUUACUCCCUUACACGUGACGCUGGUGGUUUCCUGCCCUGUAAAGGACCGGAGUGUAAUUCAAUUAGUUUAAAAUUGCUUCAGGAAGGUCCCAUUUCUUCCCAAAUACAUUUAGCAAAGCUCUAGUGUCCAAGAGUGCACCGGUAUGCCUUUGGGUUCCCACUGUAAUGGGUAUUUGGGUUCUCCCUCUUGGAUCCCAAUUGAAGGUCCCCAAUUUCUCCCAUGAGGCAGGGCUUUCCACAGGGGUCCUGGUACAGGGGCUCUGUCAGUGCUCUUCUGAGACCGGGGCUGAGGCCGCAAUGCUAUUAAAUGGGAAGGCGCCGCUCCCACCGCACUCAGCUCUGCCAUCCCGAUAAACAGCUCGGCUAGAGGCUUUCCGUUUCAUUUCUCAUUGGGUUCUCCAUGCUGCAUUAAAAAUUUCCACGCUGCUGUCCGAACCCUGCUUUCCCCCUCUCUUUCCUUUGCUAUCCUCGGGUUAACCCAGUACAUGCUGGGGCAAUGAUUUGGACCACCAACCUUCCUGUCAGCUUUGGGGUAUGCACUUUCAUUAGAAUAGGUAACCAUAUAAUUUGGUGUGUCAUUGGGCUUUUCUUUGAAAUGUAUGGCUGCAAUUGCCUCCCACCCCUUGAUGUCCAAUUAAAUGCUCUGCGUCCUGAUCCCGGGCUAGGACUUCUCCUAGUGCACAAUCCUGGGUCUCUCAGAGUGGCCCCAUAAGUCCAAUUAUGGACUGGGGCAUGCCCUCCUGUACCUCCUUCCAAAACCCAGGAGGGUAAUCUAUAUUUCUUAUGUCAAGUGUCUGGUUGCUUGCCCUGCCUAGGGGCAGCACCGCCCCGACAGCAGUCCCAACAUGACGCACUGGAUCACAUAGUCCCUAACAGGUUCCCCAGGUGUCUGAGGGCUCGCUCCAAACUGUCCUUUAAAUGUCUUUCUCCAUAGAUUCUUUGACCAAAGGUGGUCAAACUGCAGUGUGUGAAGAGGUGGUGGAGGAGAGUCAGACAAUACCUUCUAGAAGUGAAAUGAUAACUGGUAAAUUGAAGAGAUGGUGCUGCAAGGAUGAGGAGGGCUUGUUUAAACCUAAGCGUAAUAAAUAUUGGGGCUUUUGAUGGGAACCACAAUGGGUAAGAGCCACCAGGGCAAAAUCCCAGUCUGUGUUGCCAAUAUGUCAGCAGAACCUCAGAUUGCACAUCAAGGUACCCUAACUGGGACAUUUGAAACUGGUGUGGCUGUCCUGCCGGAGGAUCCUGGGAUGGAGAGGUCAGUUGCUACAUGAGCACUGAGUGCAGACAAGAACCAACACCUUGGAGAGCCAGGUGAAUACCACUAGUUGUAGCAACGCCUUACAGUAUCAGGCACAAUCACCACAGCCAACAAGAGGUUUACUCACUUUUAUAUAGAGCAUUUUAGGGAUUAGCAUGUAGCUGCAGCAAACAGCUGUGUGGGACCAUGGUGGUGUCCUGUUUAUUGGCGAAACAAUGAUGUAAAAGCUGCAGCUACAAUGGCUCAUCUCUAAUAUGACAUCUUACUGUCAAUUAAAUGGGUUGCAGAUCAUUCCUGCACAAAAAAAAUCCAGGUUCUCCCGAACUUUAGGGACCCAGCCUAGCAGAAGAAAGUGAACUGUAUUUAAUCUAUUGUAGGACAAGGCAUUGAAUGCUUAUUGAAAACAUUUCUUUUUUUUAGGAAAAUGACAAAUUGGAUUUUGGGAAACAGAAAAAUGGUUUUAACAACUCACAUUAAUGCCGGUGAAACCUUGAUGAUUAUGUAAAAUUGCGAAAAUGUUACAGUGUUUCAGUACAGAUUCAAUCAAAACCCAAAUGCAAAAUGGGGGACAUCUGGCUAGAGGCCAGCUGGAUGGAAAAGGACCUGGGAGUCCUGGUGGAUCACGGACUCCACGUGAGUCUGCAGUGUGAUGCAGCUGCACAAAAGGCAAAUGCAGUUUUGGGAUGCAUCAAUAAAAGCAUUAGGUGCAAGACAGGAGCUGAAUAGGUAGAUAGUGCCUCUCUACUGGACACUGCUCAGGCCUCAUCUGGAUACUGUGUGCAGUUCCAGCUCCUUAUUUUAAAAAGGAUGUGGAGAAAUUAGGGUCCAGAUGUGGGCAACAAAGAUGAUCAAGGGGUUGGAAGGCAGGUCACAUGAGGAGAGUCUGAAGGAACUGGGCAGGUUCAGCUUGCGUAAAAUGCACUUCAGAGGGGACAUGAGAGCAGUCUUCCUCUUUAUGGCAGCACUUCAAAUAUUUGGAAAGCACCUCUUCUUCCUUGCUGCAUAGAGGAGGACAUGGACCAAUGUCUUGAAGUUUCAGUGAAGAAGGGUUAGAAUGGAAAUCCAGAAACACAUUUUCACUGUUAGAGCAGGGAAUAAAGGUCCAGGGAAAUUGUUGGCUUUCCAUCACUGGGGGUGUUUAAGAAGAGGUUGAGCAGCUACUGGUUAGGGAUGAUCUAGGUGUAGCAAUGCCUGUGCUCAUUUGUGGGGAUUUACCAGGCUUCUGGGUAUGCUGGUUGCCUUGUUUGGGAAAGAGGAGGAGAGAUGAGGGAAAAGAUCAGGUCAGAGGUAAUCACCAGGUGUGAGCCAUUUCACAAAAUUCAGGAAAGAUGGAAUGGAAAAAACUAGGCGAGAGGUCUUGCUAAGGUCACUUUUAGUACAUUUAGUGGUUAGAUAAGGUGAAUUUUGGAUGAGAUAUAGCUCAUAUAGUGGAUAAAAUUAGGCAUAUGAAUAUUAAUUAGAGGAGCACCUAUUAGGGACACUUUUAUUUCUUUUUACUUUAUCUAAUAUGUUUUGCGAUGGUAGUAAAACACUGGAACAGGGUCCCCAGAGAAGUUGUGGACUCCUCAUCCUUGGAGAUUUUGAAGACCCGGGUAGACGAAGCCUUGGCUAGGAUGAUGUGGUUGGGGCUGGUCCUGCUUUGAUCAGGGGUUUGGUCUAGAUGUGACCUCCGGAGGCCCCUUCCAGCCCUCAUUUUCUGUGAUUCUAUGAUUUUACCCAAGCCACACAGUAUAAAAAUCUGGGGUCAUCUUAUAAUCUUUACUCAUUAGCUUUGAACUAUGGUUUUUGCUGAAUAGCCCGUCUGCAGGUGAACUUCAAUAAAAAGAGUGCAGCCCCUGUGCUCUGACCCUGGUGUCCAUAUCAGAUAAGGACACUCAGAUUCUCUUUUGCAUCACCUUACAAGUCUUUCUCAUGCAUAUCUAUGUGCACUUGCAUCAGUUGGUGACUUUGUCAUUGUUUUAAUCUCCUUGUGCAGGAUGUGGUAGAACUGGUGGAGCCUCUUCCUCCCGCAGCGGUGUGUGCUUUCUGUUCAGAUCACUUCCCAGAAGUGACGGUCUCUCUUGUUGUCCUGGAGGUUUGGUUCAGGGGUUGGUGUCAAGAGCUGCUGCCUUGUUUGCCCUGGGCCUGAUCCCUCCCUCCAAGGGCAGGUCAUUUCCCUGGGGCUUGAGGUUUCUGCCAGGUCAGUGUCUGGGCAUCUUAGGAAUGAGGCAUGAAGAAGGACUCGCAGUAGAAGAGCUUUAUUAAAGCAGAGACUGCAUCCAGGAGUAUUUUCUCUUUCUUUUGAAUUUUCCCCACACUUUUCCCUCUUCCUUUGUUUUUAACAUGUCUCUCACUCCCUUUGUAUUUAGUUCUGUCCCUAUUUUUUUACUGAACUUCUGGCAUUAAAAUCUGCUGCUUCUUUUACAUGGGUAGAGAGCGGGGCUGGAUCUGAGGAAAUCAGGGGCCAUUUGACCCCCACCUGGCCCUACUAACUUUGACUCCAAAGUGGCAAGCCAAUUUUCUGUGCAAUCGGAGGUCUCAUUUCUAUGCCAAGACACUGUUUAGUUUCAGCUUUCAUCCCGACUGUUCUGUUAUUGGGGAAAACCACCCAUGGUUCAAGAACAAGGAAACUCUAUGGGCCUCACCAAUGUGAGUCCAGUGUGGACAGGUUUGGUACACAUUACAAACAAUGAUAUGUACAGGAAAAAGUGGGUGUGCACAGAAUCACAGAACAAGUGGGUUUUCAAGGACCUCAGGAGAUCACAUCUGAUCCAACCCCCUGUUCAAGGCGGGAUCAUCCCCAUCCAAACCGUCCCAGAAAAAUGUUUGUCCAACCUGCUCUUAAACGCCUCAAAGGAUGGGGAUUUGAUCACUUCUCUGUCUGCAAGCCUCAUAGUGAAGAAAUGCUUCUUAAUGUCUCAACUAAAUUUCCCUUGUUGCCAUUUAAAACCCUUGUUCCCUAUGCUGGCCGCUGUAGCCAGAGACUAGUCUAUGGCCAUCAUCUUUAAAAAUGCUCUUCAGUAUUUGCAGACUGUGAUCAUAUCCCUCCUCAGUCUUCUCUUGUUCAGACGUAAUAAUCUUCCAAACUUCUUCCAAACUUUCCUUGCAUAUCAAGUUUUGCAGGCCUCUAAUUGUGUUUGUCACUCUCUGCUGGAUUUUAAUUUGUCCCUAUAUUUGUGGGGCCUAAACUUGGACACCGGACUCCAGGUGAGGCCUCACCAGUGCUGAACAGAGUGGAAGAAUCACAUCUCUUGAUCUGCAAGUGACUCUCAGGUUGUGCCCUUGGGCUUAUAGAUACCUAUCAACAUAGAUACACCCUAAGGAUGUAUUAGCCAUUAUAUAUAGCAUUGUUUCUUUAAAUCAGGCAUGUCAAACUCAUCCAUCCCUGUAGGCCACAUGAGUGGCAUGGGGCUGGUUUGCAGGCAGGAUCAUGCCCAGGGACUUCCUCCACAUGCUGGAUUUGACCUACAGGUCAUAUGUUUGAAACCCCAGCUUUAAAUUGUUGCUACACUGUCUGCUGUAGGAGCUCUGGGUAUGCUAAGCCAUAGUCAUGCUAAACCACAGUGAAACUGAGGCAUGGCCAAGGGGUGUGGGAAUAGCAGACUUCACUAACUGCUGAAUGACCUGAUGAAAAGAAAGUGAGUAAAAAUGGUGGCUGAAGGAAAGUAGGGGAAGAAAACCCCCAUGUCUGAGCAACUUGAGAAGUAAGACCUUGCAGGUGAAGAAGAGAUAACAGGAGGUGAGCUGGACCCAGCAGGGAAGGAGCUGGAGAGGCCUGAGCUUGGCAAGGGAUGAGCUACAGCUGCCUGCACGGGCCAAGGAGAUAAGCCAAAAAGGCACAUCUUGAGAGAGGGAGAUGAGAACUGGAGCUGUCAGCUAUAAAUACAGAUGCUGCCAGACCCACCCUCUCACAGCACCAGCAGGAAGUGUGGGCUGCACGUUAUGUGUUGCUAACCAUUCGUUCUGGGCAAUUUGCCUGAGCUGGGCUGGUGGCUACGCAGCCCCGCUUGUGUCAUGUGUGAAGAGAUGACAAGCCUGUGUGAGAGUUCACCACCAAACGCAAAUUGGAGUUGCUCUUUCUGCAUCGCACCUGAGGUCCAGGAGGCUGGUUGCAAGCAGCAGGCUCUGGGAACACACUGACCCCCGCCGGCAGCUUGGACACCGUCGUGUGUACAAGCACCCCAAGACAACAGCAGGCACAGGCCAGCCGGGAACACUCCCUGCUACAUGGCAUCUCAGAAUGACAUGUACCUUUUAGGUGUGUUGUCUUUCAGUUUUGAUUCCUGUUUAGAACAAUAAAGUUGCUGGGCAGGAAGCUGGGGGGAGGAAGGGGUGAGGAAGAGGGGGCAGGGCGCUUUUCCCUCUUCUGGUCUAGUCUAAUCUCCCCACCACGGUGGAGCCACAGAUGUAACGGGAUGGUGUGAGUGAAACAUCAAGAUGCCACCGCAGCAGCUGCCGCUGCCCCUGUCCUAACAAGCAUCACUGCUGAUGCUCCAGCCUCGGACCCCCCUCAGUUGGGUGACGAUCCUCUCCUGGGACAUUGCUGCUUGUCAAGACUGAUCUGCCCGCAAGUAACUGCGGUAAGAGAUGGUGUUUUUGCAUGAGAUUUGAUGCUCAUUCUCCUUCCCCUUGGGCACUCUCCCCACCCUCACCCCCACACGCACACAUACACACACAGAGUGAGGACAGGUUUGUCUGUUUUGCCCACGGGAGGUCUGCAUUGGGUCCUGAGUGGCUUUAAGACACUUUUCCAACAGAAUCACCUGGGUGGACUCGUCUCCAUUCUCCUCACCUGCCAGCAAGCCCAGGGGACAGCGCUGGUGUUGGAGGGACACACAGGGAUGGAAACACAAUUCUGAUCUCCGAGCUGGGUUAUCAGCACAGAGGAGGUGAAAUGGCCUGUGUGUGCAUGUGUGUGUGUGUGCAUGCAUGUCUGCUUGUAUAUGUGUCUGUCUGCUUGUGCGCGAGUGCGUGUGAGAGUUUGUACAUGUGUAAAAGUUUUUUACAGGGCAAUUUAAACUACUCCAUUGACUUGAAGUUCCCUCUGCAAGUACUUCCUUACAAGUCAUUUGAAAUUGCUAAAAGCAGGCAACGAUAUCUUGGAUUUGAAGAUAGAUGGAAAAAAUAGCAACUCUCCUGUUUCCCUUUUUUCUCUUCCUAUUGGCUCUCCCCUGUAAGUGAAAGCUGAAUGAAACAGUCUCUCUCACUGCGAAUUCCUCUCCUGGCCAAACGCUGCACUUUUCUCUUUCUCCUUGGUGGACUCUAAAAAAAACCCUUUGCACUCAGCUUUUGGCAGCCUUUGGUCCAUGGAGGCUGGGAGCUUCAGAGCUGUCUGGGUGGCACAGCAAGAGCUGGGUCUCCACUCACGCAGCAGCCAGGCCCUGAGAGGAGCAGUGACGGCAGCACUGUGGGGUGAGAACCAGGGAAGCAGUGACUGUGGCGAUGGGGGCACAGGGCAGAUUGGAAACAGCCUGUGCUUAAAGCCAAGUUUUGUAUCUUGAGACUUGUAGUGUGGAGCAGCGUUUUAUUACUUAUGGAAACUUAUAUGCAGUUGUUUAUGGUGAGAGAUAACAGUUUUGCUUCUACCCUUGCAAGGGUCUGGUGGCUGACCUGCUCCUGCUCCUGGUCCUGCUCCACCACCUGCUGACCACAUCCAGGGUCUGGUGGGAUACCACACAGCCAGGUCACUCCGUGUGUCCAAGAGGACUUCCUCUAUCACUCUAGGCUCCAUUAAAAUGUCCCCUGCUGCAAAACAUUGCCGCUUCCCUGCUCGAGAUGAAAAAUCUUAUUUCAAGAGGCACAAAUAUCUCUGCCUUGUAGCUAAGAAAUAAUUUCCUGCAUAGUUAGUUGUCACGUUACAGUUUCUGCUGCUCAAAUGUUGAUCACUGUUCAUGCUUGAGUUUGAAGCUGGGAGCUGGUAUUAGAGGGCUGGUGAGCAGAGGCCAGACUAGGAGCUGUAGCUGUGAGUUGCCCCUACAGACUUCUGUCCCUGCUGUUGGUGGGUUGGGGGCGGGCAGGGCAGGAACAUGAAACUGGAAAGGGGAGAGUUAAUGGGCCGGGGCUGGGUAAUGAUGUGGGAGGUAGAAAGGAAAUGGGUGUGGGGGAAGGGUGGUGAAAUGAAAUCAGCCAGCCACUGAAAGAUAAAAGAAAAAGAAGUGGGGAAAAAAAAAGAAUUUAAAAAUAAAUGAAGAGGAAGGAAAUUAAAGAAGAUCUCAUGUUGGAAUAAACUGAGAUUGGGAUUGAGGUGUGGGGGUGCUGGUUGUGCUUCCUGUGGGGACUGGGAGUGGGAGUAGUGAGGAAAGGUGCAUUUGAGGGAGCUACCACCCCUGCCCUGGGAAGGAAGUCCCAGCUCACCGGGACCUGAUCUGGCCCCAACCUCCCCUAAACCCACCCCCCAGAACCAUCUCUGCCUGGGGACCUGGCUGGCAUGCGCUCGACAGGCUGUUUGCAUGGGGUUGCACCCCUGGGGUGGGAAGGUCCCACCCCAGGGGCAGGAGGGGGAAUUGGUUUGGUGGCAGAAAUCAAACUCUGCUCCAAUGCACAGCUGCUGGCAAAGCCCCGAUGUACAUGACCAGAGUCAGGGGGGGCACCUACUUCAUCUGUGCAGACGUCCGGCUCUCCUGCACUCUCGGUGGGGGCCAGGACGUGGCUCCUGCACCCCUGUAUGGGCACACGGCUCUCCCACUCCAUCAUUAACAGGGAAGUGUUGAUGCUCCUCCUGUGACUUAAACAACCCAGUGGUUCCAGGUUAGAGGGCCUUUUCCCUCCUUUGAUAUUUGGGAUCAGGAAGUAUUUUUAUCCUGUGGUCAGAACAUCAUGGACUGGUGGAGUGAGAGGUUGCUUUCCUCAGUACAGGGAAGCUUGGUCCUCUUCUUGAGCAAAGUAACUAGAAGGGUGGAUGAAGGGAAUACUGUGGAUAUUCCUUAUUUGGACUUCAGCAAGGUUUUUGACAAAGGCUUGCAUGAACUUCUCUUAAAAAAUUGGAGACACAUAGAUUCAUAGAUGUUAGGGUCGGAAGGGACCUCAAUAGAUCAUCAAGUCCGACCCCCUGCAUAAGCAGGAAAGAGUGCUGGGUCUAGAUGACCCCAGCUAGAUGCUCAUCUAACCUCCUCUUGAAGACCCCCAGGGUAGGGGAGAGCACCACCUCCCUUGGGAGCCCGUUCCAGACAUGGGCUAGACAAAGCUGCUAUAAGGUGGAUUGACAACUGGCUCAAUAGCCACAGUCAGAGAGUGAUGAUCAGUGGAUCCCUGCUCGAAUGGUUGGAGGUUUUGCGUGGAAUCCUAAAAGGGUCUGUCCUGUUCCCAGCUUGGUUCAAUGUAUUUAUUACUGAUUGGGAUCACUGACACUAAAAAGAAGGAUCUUGGAGUCUUGGUGGAUCAUAAACUUCAUAUGAAAUUGUCAGGUGAUAGAGCUGCACAAAAGGCAAAUGUGGUUUUGGGCUGCAUCAAUAGGAGCAGUAGGGGUGUCAGACUUAUGCCGUACUUGGGGCUAGGACGGAAUUUUACUCCAUGGUCAGGCUGGUACAGACUGGAAGGGUCUUGCCUUCUCUGUAGUGUGGGACCUAGCCAUCUUCCUUGGACCUCUUACAUGCAUUUUAACACUUGCAGCAGCUGUGCACUAUCAGCCCUCAUCCCCCUACAUGACUUUGGGAGGUUUGGGGGCUCUUGUUGUUGUCUUUGGGCAAGGGGCCUUGUAGUUAUGCAGCGGGUUCAUUCCACAGUUUUGGGAAUAGGUUAGACAAGGACUUGUCUGGGAUAGUUUGGAUAGGGAGAAUCCCCAAUGUACUAAAUAUGUCCUCCAGAGAGCAUGGCCAGCCUGAAGUUUCUCUGAUUCUAUACUGUGCAAACUUUCCAGUAACUUUUUCCCAAUAAGCUCUCCCCAGCCCUGAAUCCCUGUCUCUUUCUUGAACAUCAUGUUUGAGGCAGCCAGAGCUGCAUACAUCUGCAUUUGCAAAGCAGCUUCUUUCCUCAGGGGGGUUUCAUCUCUCUGCAACUCCCUCCCCUUCUGUGGAGUUAUGAAAAGAUUUUCAAGAACGUCCCAUGUCUUUGCUUCUGUUUUCCAGGUGACGGCUGAUUUUAUCAUGGGAGCAAAGUCCAGCUCGCAAAAGAAAACUGAGGAAAAAGCAAACAACAGAAAUAGAGGUUCCUGGAUCAGUUCACCUCACCCUCAUGGAUUGGAUGCACAAACCAGGAUGUCGUCACCGCUUCGGCCCCAAGUCUCUUCAGGCUCUGUCUCUUGGUUUGCAGUUGAACAUGAAGAUCCUGGAUUGGCCUCCUCAGUCACCUGUGGACUCACAGACAACUCCCCUGUUUCACUGGAAGAAUGUUUUCCUUUUCCUCCCAUGGAGGAACUGCCUCCGCUGCUGCUUUCACCAUCAUUAUCUUCAAUCUAUAGGCUUUGCAUGGGGCCUAAUGACGAUGUAACUUCCCCAAUAACUCCAAGCCCAGGCCCUGACAGCCACUGCCCUGGGAAAUCUGAGUUGAGGAUUGUUCUUGUUGGGAAAACUGGAUGUGGGAAAAGUGCAACAGGAAACAGCAUCCUGGGUGAGAAACAUUUCUCAUCUAGCCUCUCAGCCGGGUCUGUAACAAAACAAUGUGCUAAGAAGCAGAGAGACUGGAAUGGCCGGAGCCUCGUGUUAGUUGAUACUCCUGGUUUGUUUGACACAAAAAUUCCUUUACUGGAAACCAUGCAGGAGAUCGGGCGCUGUGUGGUUGUCUCCUCCCCAGGUCCCCAUGCCAUCGUUCUGGUCAUGCAGCUGGGGCGUUUCACUGCAGAAGAGAAGGCAACAGUUGGUCGAAUACAAGACAUUUUUGGGGAGGAGGCCAUUCACUAUAUUAUCUUCUUGUUCACCAGAAAAGAUGAAUUAGAGGAUGAGACUUUAGAGGGGUAUUUAAAAAAACUAGAAGACAAAGAUUUUGAGAAGCUGAUGGCCAAGUGUGGAACCCGAUAUUGUGCUUUCAACAACAAAGCAAAAGAAGAGGAGCAGACGAACCAGGUCUCAGAGCUGGUGGGAAUAAUUGAUCGGAUGGUCCAGCAGAACAGAGGCUCACAUUACACGAGUGAGAUGUACAAAUAUGCUGAGAGGAAACUUGCAGAAAGAAUAGAAGAGCUCAAGAGAGCCCAUGCUGAAAAGGUAGAAAGAGAAAAACAAGAAAAAAGAUCUCAGUAUGACCAAAAACAUAAAACUGUGGAAACUGAAGAAACAGAAGAAAUCAAGAAGGGCCACCAGGAAUCUCUGCCUAACCUCAGGGAAGAAGCUGAGAAGGAUGUUUCUCUAAUAGAGCAGAUUUUAAUACAAUUUGCAAACAUAUUUUCAAAAAUCAAAAGCUGGUUUAAGUGAUGUUGGGCAAGUAACUGUAAUUUGUCCUUGCCUUAUUGCUGUGCCUCUUCUUUGAUAGCUUUGAAUGGGUUUCAGUUCCCUGUAAACCUUUUUGGUUCUUUAGGUUUUCUACACAGUAGGUUAUAUUUCAUCACCAUUUCAGUCAUCCUCCUACUCCCCAUCUGGAGUGGCAGGAAAAUUAGGUUAAUGCAUUGGAUUAAUUUUGAUAAUUACUGGUUGUAAAUACCAAUUUUACUCAAGAGCCAUUUACAGAAACCAGGAUCUAUUCCCCAAAACACUCUUCAUUCUCAAGGGUUUGAAUAGUUUAGGUAAACUGAGGCUCCAAGCUGUGUACAGCCUUUGCAUCUGACUACUCUUUUCUUUAUUUGUUAUGUGAUUGGCCACCCACCCUGAUCUGGGCCAAAACUGUUGUUUCUGCUUUUGCAAAAUAUUCUACAAAACAGAGAAUGAUGAAAUUUCUCUGCAAUUUCUUUAUCAGUGAUUUGGAUGACGGGGUGAAAAGCAACCUGUUCAAAUUUGCUGAUGAUACCAAAAUAUGGGGUGAGGUGGGCACGCUAGUAGGGAGGGAGAGACUGCAGCAAGACCUGGAUAGGUUGCAGGAGUGGCUAACAAAAACAGGAUGCGUUUCAAUACGGACAAGUGCAGGGUGCUGCACUUGGGCAGUAGUAACCGGCAGCACACUUAUAAGAUGGGAAACUCCUUUCUUGAGAGCAUGGAGACAGAAAGGGAUCUUGGAGUCAUCACUGACUCCAAGAUGAACAUGGGCCGACAAUGCGAGGUCACGGUCGGCACGGCUAACCGGACCCUAUCGUGCAUCCAUAGGUGCAUCUCAAGUAGGGCCAAGGAGGUGAUCCUCCCCCUCUAUGCGACACUGGUCAGGCUGCAGCUGGAGUACUGUCUGGUUCUGGGCACUGCACUUCAAGAGGGAUGUGGACAACAUUGAGAGGGUCCAGAGGAGGGCUACCCGCAUGAUCCGGGGACAGCAGGGCAGGCCCUACAAUGAGAGGCGACAGGACCUGAACCUGUUCAGCCUCCACAAGAGAAGGCUGAGAGGGGACCUGGUGACCGUCUGUAAACUCACUAGGGGGGACCAGAAGGGUUUGGGGGAGACCUUGUUUCUCUUAGUGCUCCCUGGGAUAACAAGGAAUAACGGCCACAAGUUGUUGGAGAGUAGCUUUAGAUUAGACAUCUGUAAGAACUACUUCAGAGUUAGGGCGGCUAGGAUCUGGAACCAACUUCCAAGGGAAGUGGUGCUGGCUCCUAUCCUGGGGGUCUUUCAGAAGUGACUUGAUGCCUACCUGGCUGGGGUCACUUGAGCCCAGUUUUCUCUCCUGCCCAGGCAGGGGGUCGGGCUUGAAGAUCUACAAGGUCCCUUCCGACCCGACUUCUGUGAUUCUAUGUUUCCAUGAAAGGUUCACCGCAUGGACAUUCAGGCCACUUAUUAUUCAUCUGAAUAUUCAUCAGGACUUCAGUAUUUGCAUAUACUUUGCAUAUUCUAUUUGGCACUUCCAUUCACGUAAGUAGUUGUAACUGAACACUUUAAAAAUAUUCAACCAUUUCAGACUGUUGUACUCAGAAAAUUACCGCACUUAGUUGUAGACAGAGUGUACCCAUAAUUGUCAUGCAGUUUUGCUAUCGUUGCCCGUUUAGCUUCUUAUUACCUCCACCAUGCUAUGAUUCUUUCUGUGAAUUAUGAAUGAUAAAAUCAACUUGGCUUUAUUGCAGUAGUCAGCAUUAUUGUGAACUUUAGAACACAUGUGAUGGCCAGAACUAGAAGGAUUAAUAAGCAAUAAAUAUGUGCUUCUUGGAGGCAUUUAGUAUUUUGCCUAACAGAGAAUGUUAGCUAAUAUUAAGCUUGUAAGCUUGUAACCCACAAAUGUGACUUGUCUGUCAUAAGUUUAACCAAAAUGAUAAAACUAUUUAUAUUAAUCAUGGAACUGACUGAGCCCCAAAGGCAGAGCUGUAGCUGCAAGAUCAGCUGACCUAACGGUUUUUGCUCAGGGUUCAGCCUUGAUGCUAAAAACUGAAUCCAACCGCCUGGCUCACCCAACACUUUCCAGGAAAGCACAUUUAAAAAAAAAAAACAAGCAUGUUCAGAGAAACCUAAAAGGGUUGGGCUUAGUGAUGUUAAUUUCAAAUGUAAAGAUCCUGCAUUGUAAUUUGCUUAUUGGAUAAACCCGGGUUUGGGUAGUAACCUUUUAUGAUAAUUUUUAACACCUUUCAAUCCCGUGGGGUAACAGCUAUAAGGCAAGAUUGUGAAUGGCUCUAAAGCCAACAGAUUAGCAUAAGACUAGGUAUAAAAAGCACGUGCGUCAGGUGACCAGCAGGGAGGAAAGAGGGAACAGAACAGUCAUUGCUGUUCCAAGCCCGGACUCCGGACUCCCAGUGUGAGUGAGGAUCGGAUCCUGAUCAAGGGAUCUUCCCCGGCAAUCCCUCCGACAGCGUCAAUUGGGGAUGCCUGACUUCGCUGGAAUCACUUGGUGUGCACCUGGCAUCAAGGGACUAUCGAUGAGUUGCCAACCCAUGUCUGUCUAUCUGUUGUUUUGAACAGCCCAGUGGCUGAUACUCUCUCAGUGCCCAGCUGGCCUGCAACAGAAUUGAUCCAUCUAUCUCUUGUUAUUAUUUACUAUUAGCUCUUUAAUACUUUAUUAUCUGCUUACUACAUUUAUCUUUAUGUUAACUGUUGUGUGUGUGUAAGCUAUAAUAAAUUUGCCUUUGCUUCA